UAUGGAAGCCUCGCGCAGUGCAAAAGACGCAUACGUAUCGUCGAUAUCGGGAAAAUGAGCCGCCGUUACUCUCUCGCAUGUCGCACGCGUACGGGAAGUAUUUCCGCGUUGUAAUGCGGAGCAUCGCGAUAUCAUCGAGGUGUCGGGGUGCUGCGUUAGCAUGAGCAUUUCUCAAGAUAGCGCCGCUACGAUCGUGUGCAGGGAGGUCUUCGACGAGUCAUCUCAUCCGACGAACGAAGAGUUGCUGGAUUAUGCGAGACGUCUGGGAAUUGAUCCCGAUGUGGAACCACACCUUCUGGACUUGGCUCGCGAGGGUCUUAUGGCGGCCCUACCUAAGGGUUGGUCUCCGUGUUUCCACGAGGCCAGCGGUGCCUGGUAUUAUUACCAGGAAUCCACUGGCACAACCACCUGGGAACAUCCUUUAGACGCGGUUUACAGAGGUCUUGUCGAGCAGGCUCGAGCAGGCAACAGAAGACAAUUGAGUUUUGAAGAAGAUUCAAAGACUACAGCAAAGGAUCUUGAGUCUCACGAGGAUGCCACAUUACCGAAAGAAACUGCUAUUCCAAAGGAAAUGAUUAUCUCAAAAGAAACUGCUAAAGAGACUAGUCAAUCCAAACCUGGCAUAACGAGCACCAAGAUUCCUAUGAAGUUGGUGCCUCUGCGUAAAAUCGAGCGAAUUGACGGUUCGCGUAAAAAGGAUCGUCCUUCGUCCUUCGAUAGGCUUCAGUCGCGAAGGGAAAGCGACUCGAAGUCCGACAAUGUGAUAUCCCUGUCGAGUGAUCGAGCUGCCCGAGAUUACACGAACUUGAAAUUUCAAGACCCGAAGUUUUAUGAAUGUCCGAAAUUGCUAGAAAUCGCGGCGAGCGCGAUCGCGACGAACGCGACGGCCGUGACGACGACACCGCCGAAGAAAGAACUCGAUCUGCGGGAAGUGCUAAAGAGAUCCGAGUCACUGAGUCCGUGGCACGAGAAAGAUUGGGAGCAGCUAUCCAGCAAGUUUAGCUCCGAAGAGAAUAUAAUCGACAUCGACAAACUCAGCGCCAGCACACUGGCUAGGCCAGAGAAGUCGGAGAAGUUCGAUAAAGAAAAACAUCCAAGUCAAUUGGGCCAGCAAAAAGAGUUGACCCUUAGUGGCGGUGGUUCGAUGUUUCUGAAAAGUAAUAGAAGUAGGGAUACGACACCCAGCCAAGACGGUGGCAAGUUGGAAGAUUUUCGGGCGUUGACGAUCUCUGAUGAAAGCAAUAAUGUUGCUGGAGACAGGCCCAAGUCCAUUUUGAGAGAGAAACAAUUGGAAGAUGAGGAUCGACCAUUGGACGAGGAACGCAAAAGCGUGCGCUUUGACUUGGAAAAGGAAAUCAACAUCAAUUUUACAUACUCAGAAUCCGAAGACGAAUGGGAGUCAGAAUCUGAAGAUAAGAAGCCGCAAAAAUCGGCUAUAAUCAGCAAUAAGAUUACUAGUGCUAUUCUAUCACCGCGGACAACUUUUCAAUUGUUCGGCGAUAACAAUAAUGACAAUAAAAAUGAUGAUCUUUCGGAUGAAAAGGAUCAGGAUAAAAUGGAUUCAGAAAUUAGCAGACGGCGUUUGUCUCUGGAGAAGCUCGAGACCAUGUCGAAGAACGCAAAGCUAAUUGGCAAUAGAUUCCUCGUUCAGAACGUUUCGGAAAACGAGAAUCGUAGCCAAAUGACAAAAAAUAUACAGAACAGCCUGGAAAAAGACAGCAGUUUUGAUUAUCUGCCGAAUAAGCUAGGCGAGAAAGUGAAAAACAUUGACUUGCCAUCGAAGAGCGAAACAGAUAGCACCACAAAAAGUAGCGAUUCCGACGAGAUGCGCAGAACAAAAUCGAUUUUUGAGAAAGCGCGGUAUAUAACAAAGCACUUGUCGAAUCGACAGCUUGAAGAUGACGAAUCUUCCGAUAUUUCAAGAAACAAUCAAACUUACGCGCUGAAAGAGCGAUUUGUUAGACCUAAGUUAGAAUAUUCCCGAAGUAUUGACGAUAUGAAGGUGAAGAUGAAUAGAGAACACGAAAAAGAAAUCGAAGCCUUCAAAAUCGAGCUUGAGAUUAAAUUGCAGGAAAGAAAGAGGGAACUUGAAGAAAACUUUAUGCAGCAGAAGAUUUUAAUGCAGCAGUUUUUGGAGCAGAGAUUAGAAGACAUUAAACAAGAAAUGGGUCAAAAGGAAAAACAGGAAAUUCAAGUAUUAAUUACUGAAAUGGACCAAACUAGAAUGGAAAAUUUGAAGAAAGUCCGCGCGGAACUGGAAGUCUGUUACGAGAAAGAAAGACAAGAGAUAUUAACCAAUUUGAAGACAGAGCUUGACGAAAGGAAAAGAGAGCUUCUGGAGCUAAGAAAUGAGGAGAUGGGCAAACUAGAAAAUGAGCAUGAACGUGAUCUCGGCGAAGAAAAGCUCGCGAAGCUAAACGAGUACGAGCUAAAGAAGCAACACGGUGAAAGAAUCGAUGUCUUGAAGAAGGAACUGGAAAAGGAAUUUGAAGAUUUGCGAAAUGAAUUGCGAACGCAGCAACGAGAAAAAAUCACCAAGUUCACCGAAGAUCACGAGCAGUGCCUAGCUGAAAUUCUACGUGAUUUCAGAAUGGAUGAAGCUCUCGCUCGUAAAAUGUACAAAGAGCGGCUGGAGGAAAUCCGUGCGGACUUUGCUCGUGACACUGACAAAGAGGCGAGAAAGCAGUCCGAACGGGCUUUUCAACAAGACAGCAUUGAUUUUGAGAAAAUGCGCUGUGAGAAGCGGCUAUUGCAAGACAAGUACACGGCGCUCAAGGAGAAGUACAUGAAGCUGAAGAACGACGUUCGCCUCGCUGUUGAGAGGAGGAGCAGGAGGAAGGAAGCUGGAUACACUACGGCCUCGGAGACCGAAAGAUCGACAUCCACCAGAACGAGAACAGACAGAACUGAGUCAUCGGAGCAAAAUACUCCGCUGGGGGAUGCGCGCUCGAGUCCGGUAACAAACGCGAACUCGCUGGAGGGUCAGAGCGCGAGUGAACAGAUCGAGGAGCAAAACGAUCCGGACAAUUCGAGGAGUCACAAUUCGGCGGCCGCGGGAUAUCAGACGCACGCAGCCACCGCCACCGCCGCCGCCGCCGCCGCCUCCGCCGCUACUGCCUCGAAGAACGCGACAAAAUUUGAGUCCGAUGACACCACGACGGCCAGCGAGACGAAUGCAAACAUAAUGAUGAAGAAGAAAAAGAGCUUUAGUAAGAAAGCUGCCUCAAGCGCAAGUCGCUCCAGCGGUGGCAACAACAACAAUGCGGAUAACCCCGUGGAGAAUAUCAGGAAACAGCUGAAGAAGCUGGAAGAUCUUGGCGACCAGCUGCCGAGUAACGAAACGGCCUAUACAGUGCGAUAUCCUUUCCAAGAUAAAGCGCCGGCGAAUGUCUCUUCGGAGCUAGAGUUCUUCCGACAUCGGAUUCAUGUGGAGAGGGACUCGGUAAGGAGGGCUCGCGAAGCGCUGAGACAACAGAAAAGUGCCUUUCAGGGUAGGCAAAGGGCUUGGAAACAACGGAGUGCGAGGGCCACUUUAGAACAAUUGGUGCAGGAAGAACGUGAGCUCUCUGAUAUGGAAGUGAGUUUGCAUCGCACCAGAAGUCUCUUGGGUGAGAAGGUCAUUCAUCUGAGGCAUCUAGAACAGUCUUUAGAGCGUGUGGCAAACGACAAGCGAAACGAAAACGAAGCAUCUGCGAAAAAUGAUGAAAUGACACUAAGCGACAUGUCGAGCGCCAGUAGCGGUUUCAGCUCAACUGAUUUAGGGACUGAUACUUUCAUAGAUAAGCCAGAUCAUUAUCAAGAGUCCACCGAAAUCAUCGCAAGCUUAGAGACGUUAAAUUCAGAAAUACGAGAGAUUUGGGACGUUUUAAACAAACGUCAAGAUAGCAACAUACCUCCAACUCCGACUCUUAUGUACUCUUAUCUGCGAUGGUUGCGUUUUCAUCAUCUCACCGCGCAGCCUAAUAGCCUGCAAGGUGCCUUUGGUACGCCCAACAUACAGUCCAACAUCCUGUCUCAAUUAACCGCUGCACAACCUCCUACCACGACACAAAAUAUCAUCGCUCAGUACGGCCCUAACAGUGGCUUCACCACCAGUGUUGGCACAGUCGAAAGAAACGCCUCGAAUUUGAUGGAAAGGACCAGAAAUCUCAGGGAUUGGCUACGCCAAGCUCGCGUCGAAACUACCGACCUGAUCAGUCCAGGUCAGGCGACCCUUUAAAUCAACAACGUCUAGAAACAAACAUUUUUUCUUUUUCCCUAACUCCCUUUCCUCUUACAAAGGUCACCUUUAUUCCCGGAGAAUUAUAUGAUUUUGAAAUGUAUAAUUUGUUGUGCAAAAAGUACAAAUUGUACAGUUACUCCUUCAUUCUCCACAUUUAAUUAGCAUUAUACUUUUAUCGAAUAGUUAAUUGUGCAAUAUAUUUCUCGAGUUAAUUUCAAUUUAUCUCACGUAGUUUACAAUUAUGAAUUUGUUGAAAACAAUGUCGUGAUAAUCCUAUUUGAAACGUAAGCAUACUCAAUUUAUAUAGAUUUCAAUUUUACGCUUGUUUACUGCUCCGAAUCUUGUUAUCGUUAUUGCCGAAUCGACGAUCAAACUCUCAAGAAUACAUUACGAAAGAUAAUUCGUGUGUGAGCGAGAUUAAGUCACGGACGUGACAAUUGCAUAUGAUAUAAAUGCAUAUAAUUUUCAAUAUCCACAACGUAUUUUAAAUUCGAGCUUCAACAGAAAAUUUAAUUGACACUGUGCUUUGAUAAGAAUAAACCCAUAUAAUUUAAUUAAUGAACUGGAUUAAGAAUUUCUCCAAUUUUUGCCGAUCUUGCGUUGAUACUACAGCGUGAUCGUUUAACAUUUUUACAAUUAUACUUCUUUAAAUGCAAAACAAGAUCAUAACACACAUGCAAAAAAAAAUAUACACGAGAGAUUGUUAAAGCCAAACGUAACAAAACUUAUGAUUUUUCAACAAACUCUUUAGAGCAAAAUAUCACGAGUAUAUAAAGCAAAUAUUGUCCAAUAUAGAAUUUAAAAAGUUUAAGAAAUUAUCCUAGAAAAACUAGUUUUCUCUUUUGUCUUCCAGCGUGUUAUAAACUUAAUUAGCUCUACAUGUAGUGUGGUGUUGCAUUGCGUGUUCUGUGUGCGAUGAGAUAUACACCUUGACUUACCUUGAUUUUCUGUUCAUAAACUUCAUAUUGUACGUAAAGCUUGUAAAUUGAUGAUACGGGAUGGACGUGUAUCUAUGAUUGGAAUCUUUAUAAGCAGAAUGUUUCUCUUGUAAAUAAUUAUAUUCGAUAUCGGGACCGACGUCGCGGAUCAACGCAUGUUACAACGAUCGGCCCGUUUUUUCGACAGUCUGUUGAUUCUCUGUAUAUUUUCGAGAUCGACUUUUUGACUAGAGAACAGCGUGUAACAUGUUGUAUAAUAUACUUAUAUUAUAUAUUAGUCUAAAAUGAUGAAUCACACGUUUAAAAUGAAUAUAUAUUGUAUUGUUUGAUCGUGCGUAUUCUAUUUAAUCUUUUACGGAGAUUGAAUCAAAAACAUGAUAUUCUAUCAUGAUACUUUGUAGAAUAUUUUGUAGAUUUCUGGUAAUUUGUAUCUUUUAUACUUGAAUCACAAAUCUUAAAUUUUUAUGUUGUACGGCUGUUUUGCGCUGCAAGAAAAAUAGUGACGUACGCGCAAGACAUCGCUGCUAUUCGUAGGCUAUUAUCAAUUAGAAUUAUGAAUUUCGCGCGCAAUCUUGGUAAGUUGCCUCGAUAUUUAAUCAGUCAUUUUUUAAAUACCAAAACUUUCUCUUAAUUAGCAAAUGAUAUAAACACAUAUGCUAUGUACGUCAUGUAAAUUGCAUACUAAAAUAGGAUUGAAAUAUACCAAACAUUUUUUGGUCGAGCGAAUUUUCAGCGGCGACUACUCUGAUGUAUCUUAGAGAAAAAUGAUAAUAUAAUAUACACAAUGUAUAAAUUAUGUCACAAUAUCGUGAUCUCAUUAGAUAUACGAUGUAGAUUAAUUGAAGAUUGUACACUUUGGAAUGUAGAUAUAAUGUUGAAUAAUUAUUGUAAUUAUAUGUACAUGUUUUUUAUGUUAAUUUGUGAAACUAGGCAGAGAGUUUUGUUUUAUUGAAAGAUGUAAUUAUCUAUAUGUACGUAAGUAUUUUAAAUCAAUAUCGUGUAUCGCAAUAUUCGAAACUUAAGAUACUUCGUGAUAAAUAUACACAAGAUAUUUUAGGCGUAAAACAUUAUGUAGGAUAACAAAUUUUUAUUUUUGUGUCGUACAUCGUUACGGAAAAAUAAUUAAUUUGAUGGAAAU